AAACUGACUAAGAUGAGUUCCCUUUUGGAAAGACUCCAUGCAAAAUUUAACCAAAACAGACCUUGGAGUGAAACCUUUAAGCUCAUUCGUCAGGUUACGGAAAAACGAGUUGUGAUGAGUACCAGCGGGCACCAGUAUUUGGUCAGUUGUUUGGAGACCUUGCAGAAGGCACUCAAAGUGACAUCUUUACCAGCAAUGACUGACCGGUUGGAGUCUAUAGCAAGACAGAAUGCACUGGGCUCUCAUCUUAGUGCCAAUGGUACUGAAUGUUACAUCACAUCAGAUAUGUUCUAUGUGGAAGUGCAGUUAGAUCCUACGGGGCAUCUUUCUGAUGUCAAAGUAGCUCAUCAUGGAGAGAAUCCUGUGAGCUGUCCUGAGCUAGUGCAACAACUCAGAGAGAAAAAUUUUGAUGAAUUCUCCAAGCAUCUUAAAGGCCUUGUUAAUCUGUAUAAACUUCCAGGGGACAACAAACUAAAGACUAAAAUGUACUUGGCUCUCCAAUCCCUAGAACAAGAUCUAUCCAAAAUGGCACUUAUGUACUGGAAAGCUACCAAUGCCAGUCCCUUGGACAAGAUACUUCAUGGCAGUGUUGGAUAUCUCACCCCAAGAAGUGGGGGUCACUUGAUGAAUUUGAAGUACUAUGCAUCUCCCUAUGAUCUAUUGGAAGAUAAGACAGCAACCCCAAUCAUUUUGCAUGAAAAUAAUGUUCCUCGGACUUUGGGUAUGAAUGCAUCAGUCACAAUUGAGGGAACUCCGUCUGCUAUGUACAAACUCCCAAUUGCACCAUUAAUUAUGGGAUCACAUCCUGUUGACAAUAAAUGGACUCCUUCCUUCUCCUCUAUCACUAGUGCCAACAGUGUUGACCUACCUGCCUGUUUCUUCUUAAAGUUUCCCCGGCCAAUCCCAGUAUCAAGAGCAUUUGUCCAGAAACUGCAGAGUUGUACAGGAAUUCCAUUGUUUGAUACCCAACCAAUUUAUGUGCCUCUAUAUGAAUUGAUCACUCAAUUUGAACUAUCAAAGGAUCCAGAUCCAGUACCUUUGAACCACAACAUGCGCUUUUAUGCAGCUCUUCCAGGCCAGCAGCACUGCUAUUUCCUCAACAAGGAUGCCCCUCUCCCAGAUGGUCGAAGCCUCCAGGGAACCCUCAUCGAUAAAGUUACUUUUCAGCAUCCUGGUCGUGUCCCUCUCAUCCUCAACCUAAUCAGACACCAAGUGGCCUACAACACCCUUAUUGGAAGCUGUGUCAAGAGAACGAUUCUGAAAGAAGAUUCUCCUGGGAUCCUUCAGUUUGAGGUUUGUCCUCUUUCUGAUACUUGUUUCAGCGUGUCCUUUCAGCAUCCUGUGAAUGACUCCUUGGUGUGUGUGGUAAUGGAUGUGCAGGAUUCAACCCAUGUGAGUUGUAAACUCUACAAAGGACUGUCGGAUGCUCUCAUCUGCACAGAUGACUUCAUUGCCAAAGUUGUUCAGAGAUGUAUGUCCAUUCCUGUGACGAUGAGGGCUAUUCGGAGGAAAGCUGAAACCAUUCAGGCCGACACACCAGCCCUGUCCCUCAUUGCAGAAACAGUUGAAGACAUGGUGAAAAAGAACCUGCCCCCGGCUAGCAGCCCAGGGUAUGGCAUGACCACAGGCAGCAACCCAAUGAGUGGUACCACUACACCAACCAACACCUUUCCGGGGGGUCCCAUUACCACCUUGUUUAAUAUGAGCAUGAACAUGAAAGAGCGGCAUGAGUCGGUGGGCCAUGGGGAGGACUUCAGCAAGGUGUCUCAGAACCCAAUUCUUACCAGUUUGUUGCAAAUCACAGGGAACGUGGGGUCUACCAUUGGCUCGAGUCCGACCCCUCCUCAUCACACGCCGCCGCCUGUCUCCUCGCCAGCCAGCAACACCAAGAACCACCCGAUGCUCAUGAACCUUCUUAAAGAUAAUCCUGCCCAGGAUUUCUCUACCCUUUAUGGAAGCAGUCCAUUAGAGAGGCAGAACUCUUCUUCUGGCUCACCUCGAAUGGAAAUGGGCUCAGGGGCCAAUAAGACGAAGAAGAAGAAGUCGUCAAGAAUACUGCCUGAAAAGCCCAAACACCAGACCGAAGAUGACUUUCAGAGAGAGCUGUUUUCAAUGGAUGUUGACUCACAGAACCCAAUCUUUGAUGUUAACAUGACUGCUGACACGCUGGACACUCCACACAUCACUCCAGCACCUAGCCAGUGUAGCACUCCUCCCGCAACUUACCCACAACCAAUACCUCACCCCCAGCCCAGUAUUCAGAGAAUGGUCCGACUAUCUAGUUCAGACAGCAUUGGUGCUGAUGUGACUGACAUUCUCUCAGACAUUGCAGAAGAGGCCUCCAAGCUCCCUAGUACCAGUGAUGACUGUCCACCCAUUGAUACACCUGUUAGAGACUCUUCGAGCUCUGCACAUUCCCAGAGUGCCCUCUUUGAUCCUGAUGUUUUCCAAAACAACAGUAAUGAGAACCCAUAUACUGACCCUGCUGACCUGAUUGCCGAUGCUACUGGAAGCCCUAACAGUGACUCUCCUACCAAUCAUUUUUUUCCUGAUGGAGUAGAUUUCAAUCCUGAGUUGCUGAAUCCCCAAAGCCAAAGUGGUUUUGGGGAAGAGUAUUUUGAUGAAAGCAGCCAGAGUGGUGAUAAUGAUGAUUUCAAAGGAUUUGCUUCCCAGGCACUAAAUACUUUGGGAGUGCCAGUCCUUACAGGUGAUAGUGGAGAGAAUAAGUUUAAAGGCAACAGCCAAGCUGACACAGUAGACUUCAGUAUUAUUGCAGUGGCCAGUAAGGCACUGGGGCCUGCUGAUAUAAUGGAGCACCACAGUGGAAGCCAGAGCCCUUUAUUGAGUACAGGGGACUUGGGGAAGGAUAAGACUCAAAAACGGGUAAAGGAUGGCAAUGGCACUGGGAGUAGCAGUCUUUCAGGGCCAGCAUUAGACAGUAAACCAGGAAAACGUAGCCGAACCCCUUCUAGUGAUGGCAAAAGCAAAGAUAAGCCUCCAAAGCGGAAAAAGGCAGACACAGAUGGGAAAUCUCCAUCUCAUAGUUCUUCUAACAGGCCUUUUACUCCACCUGCCAGCACAGGUGGAUCCAAGUCACCUGGAAGUUCAGGAAGAUCUCAAACUCCUCCAGGUGUUGCCACACCACCCAUACCUAAAAUCACCAUUCAGAUUCCUAAGGGUACUGUAAUGGUGGCUAAGCCAUCCUCACACAGUCAGUACACCAGCAGUGGAUCUGGGUCUUCCUCAGGAAGUAAGAGCCACCAUGGCCAUUCUUCUUCCUCAUCUUCCUCUUCCACUUCUGCUUCAGGAAAAAUGAAAAGCAGUAAAUCAGAAGGUUCUUCAGGUUCUAAAAUGAGUAGCAGUAUGUAUUCUAGCCAAGGGUGUUCUGGAUCUAGCCAGUCCAAAAGUUCAUCCCAGUCUGUAGGGAAACCAGGUUCUUCUCCCAUUACUAAACAUGGGCUCAGUAGUAGCUCUGGGAGCAACAAGGUGAAACCUCAAGGAAAGCCAUCAUCACUCAUGAACCCCUCUUUGAGUAAACCAAACAUCUCCCCAUCCCAUUCAAGGCCAUCUGGAAGCUCUGACAAACUUGCUUCUCCAAUGAAACCUGUACCUGGAACUCCCCCAUCCUCCAAAGCCAAGUCUCCUAUCAGUUCAGGUUCUAGUGGCUCUCAUAUGUCUGGCACUAGUUCAAGCUCUGGCAUGAAGUCUUCAGGCUUGGGCUCUUCAGGCUCAUUGUCUCAAAAAACACCCCCAUCAUCUAAUUCUUGCACAGCUUCUUCCUCUUCCUUUUCUAGUGGCUCCUCUAUGUCUUCAUCUCAGAACCAGCAUGGGAGCUCCAAAGGGAAAUCUCCUAGUAGAAAUAAGAAGCCAUCUUUGACAGCUGUCAUUGAUAAACUGAAACAUGGGGUUGUUACUAGUGGCCCUGGAGGUGAAGACCCAAUGGAGGGUCAGAUGGGAGUGAGUGCCAAUUCUAGCCAUCCUAUGUCCUCCAAACACAGUAUGUCAGGAGGGGAAUUUCAAGGAAAGCGAGAAAAGAGUGAUAAAGAAAAAUCAAAGGUCUCUGUCUCUGGGGGUUCAAUGGAUUCUUCUAAGAAAACUUCAGAAUCCAAAAAUGUGGGGAGCACAGGUGUGGCCAAGAUUAUCAUCAGCAAGCAUGAUGGGGGAUCUCCCAGCAUUAAAGCCAAAGUGACUUUGCAGAAACCGGGUGAGGGCAGUGGGGAAGGGCUCAGGCCUCAGAUGGCCUCUUCCAAAAACUAUGGCUCUCCUCUCAUCAGUGGCUCCACUCCAAAGCAUGAACGUGGUUCUCCUAGCCACAGUAAGUCACCAGCAUAUACCCCCCAGAACCUGGAUAGUGAGAGUGAGUCAGGUUCCUCAAUAGCAGAAAAGUCCUACCAGAACAGCCCCAGCUCAGAUGAUGGCAUCCGUCCACUUCCAGAGUAUAGCACAGAGAAACAUAAGAAGCACAAAAAGGAAAAGAAGAAAGUAAAAGAUAAAGAUCGGGACAGAGAAAGAGACCGGGACAAAGACCGAGACAAGAAGAAAUCUCAUAGUAUUAAACCAGAGAGCUGGUCUAAAUCACCUAUUUCUUCAGACCAGUCCAUGUCCAUGUCAAGUAAUACCAUCUUACAAGAUAGGCCCUCAAGGCUCAGCCCUCCUGACUUCAUGAUUGGGGAGGAAGAUGAUGAUCUCAUGGAUGUGGCUCUCAUUGGCAAUUAAAAACCUUGUUUUCUAAAAGGAAAAGAAAAAAGAACUCACCAAUUUAAAGCUCCAACUAAUGAGAAUUGUAGAAAAUCAUCCUAAGGGAUAAACCACAGGGGUCUGCUUUGCCCCAAAUAAUUUUGGGUGAUAUGAUUUUGACUGUGCUUGGCAAUAUUAGACCUUGAGAGACCCUAGUAUUCAUCUUUGACUAUGGGAUUUGAUUCUGGGCAGCCAAGAAUUCUGUGUUCUUUGCCAGAGACAAGACAGUAGA